CUCCUUCCCUGCCUCCCUCCUUCCCUGCCUCCCUCCUUCCCUGCCUCCUCCCGCUCCCACGGCGCGUGAUGUCACGCCCGUUUCUAUAGAAAUUGGGUGACAUCACGAGCCGGGGGGCUGCGACCCGCCACGGCAGGAGCGGGCCGGCUCCCCGGGGAGGCGCGGCGGCCCCGCACCGAGCCAGCCCCGGGGGCGGUAGGGGCCGGGACCCGAUCCUGACACCUCCCCUCCCCUCUCCCAACCCCCUCGCCAGCCGCGCACCUGCCGGAGCCUGGGCAGGACCCCCCCUUCCCGGGCCGGCGUCGAUGCUGAGCGGGCCGGGGGGACUCCCCACCUCCCCUGCACCAUGGACGGCUUCUACGACCAGCAGGUUCCCUUCAUGGGCCCCGGGUCCUGCGCAGAGGAGGGCCGAGGCUGGUCGGGAUCUGAUAGGAAAAGGAAAUUUUUGGAGACUGACCUGGCCCACGACUCAGAAGAGCUCUUCCAGGAUCUCAGCCAGCUCCAAGAGGCCUGGCUAGCUGAAGCUCAGGUCCCUGAUGAUGAACAGUUUGUCCCAGAUUUCCAGUCUGAAAGCUUGGUCCUGCACGCUCCACCUCCGGCAAAGAUCAAGCGGGAACUGCACAGCCCUUCCUCAGAGCUGUCGUCCUGCAGCCAUGAGCAGGCUCUCUGUGCCGGCUAUGGGGACAAGUGCCUCUACAAUUGCUGUGCCUAUGACAGGAAGCCCCCCGCCGGGUUCAAGCCAUUAACGCCGCCUGCCACGCCGGUGUCUCCUGCGCACCAGGGAUCAGCCCUGCCACCACCGGCCCCAGCCGUGCAGGCGGCGGCCCAUGGGGCAGCCCCAGCGCCGCACGCGCUGCAGGAGCAGAGGCAGCAGACCUUCGCCGUGCCGCGGCCGCCUCACCCGCCCAUGCACAUGCCAAAGAUGAUGUCUGAAAACCAAUACCCCGCAGAGCACAGGUUUCAGAGGCAGCUGUCUGAGCCCUGCCACCCCUUCCCGCCGCAGCCCGGGGUCCCUGGGGACAGCCGCCCUGUCUACCACCGGCAGCUGUCAGAGCCCCUCGCCCCUGCCGCCCCUCGCCCCCCUCAGGGAUUCAAGCAGGAGUACCAUGACCCGCUCUACGAGCAUGGUGGUCCCAGCCUGCCCGGCCCUGCCCCCAGCCACGGCUUCCAGCCCCCCAUGGGCAUCAAGCAGGAGCCUCGGGACUACUGCAUCGACUCAGAAGUGCCUAACUGCCAGUCCUCAUACCUACGGGGGGGUGUCUUCCCUAGCAGCCAUGACGGAUUUUCAUAUGAAAAGGACACACGAUUGUAUUUUGACGACACAUGCGUGGUACCAGAGAGGCUGGAGGGUAAAGUGAAGCAGGAGCCCACCCUGUACCGUGAGGGCCCUCCCUACCAGCGGCGUGGGUCCCUGCAGCUCUGGCAAUUCCUGGUCACCCUCCUGGAUGACCCUGCCAAUGCCCACUUCAUCGCCUGGACUGGUCGGGGAAUGGAGUUCAAGCUGAUCGAGCCUGAGGAGGUAGCACGGCGCUGGGGCAUCCAAAAGAACCGGCCAGCCAUGAACUACGACAAGCUCAGCCGCUCCCUUCGCUACUACUACGAGAAGGGCAUCAUGCAGAAGGUGGCUGGCGAGCGGUACGUCUAUAAGUUCGUUUGUGACCCUGAUGCCCUGUUUUCCAUGGCCUACCCUGAUAACCAGCGCCCCUUCCUGAAGACAGAGCCUGACUGCCCGGUGCCCGAGGAGGAGACGGUGCCGCUGACGCACUUUGAGGACAGCCCAGCGUACCUCCUGGAGAUGGAUCCCUGCGGCAGCCUUCCCUAUGCGGAGGGCUUUGCUUACUGACUCGGCCAGGGUGGCAGAGCCACGAGCACUAGCGCAUCCACUUGGGGCAAAUACGGUUUUCUAAAGAAUAUUUUUUGCUGUUCAUAAGGAAAAACAAACCCACCAAACUGCAUGCACACACAAAUUGGAGGAAUCUGAAACGCCCUGUGUGUGUCACUGCUGAAUUCCCACCCUUCCUGUCCAAGGGCUAGUGCAUAGGACUGCCUCUGGCUGGCACCUCCUGCCCAACAUCUGCGCGAUGCUUUGGGGCGAUGGGAGGUAAAGAUGCAGGUCUCUGACCCAGGCCCUGUUCCUCACCAGCACCGUGAGGCCUGAUGGCUCCAGCAGCGCCCCGGGACCGGGCUGAGCCGCCGUGGCUGCCUCGCCAGUUGUCACGACAAUCUGCUUUGCAUCGAGCACAAUCCGCGUAGCUGCCUUGUGUGGUGGAAAGGGCUUUGAUUUGCACAGAGGAGGGAUGCGGGGGGGGCCUCGAGGGCCAUCACCCCAGGGCUGAUGUGCGCAGCAUCCUACCCCAACCCUGAGGAGCCUUCUGCCUUCUUCCCAAACCCACCCUCACGGUAUCACCUGAUAUAAUGGUUUCCUGCCCCAGGCCCUCCUGCUUUCCUCCCUAACCCCUGCGUCCUCUGUGUCCUAUGUUCCUCUUCCCCAGCUCUGGCUGUGGGCAUGGGUUGUGUUUCAGGGGAGGAGGUCCUGACCCUAUCUCCCUCUUUUCUUUUUCCUUUUUUUUUUUUUCUUUUUGUUUUGGGUUUUUUUUGUGGGUGGUUUUUUUUUUUGGUUUGGUUUUUUUUUGGUUUUGUUUUAGGAGGGGGUGAAAAAGUGUUUCAAAGGUUUCUAAACUGAUUUUUAUAGAUUUUUUUUUUUUUUUUUUUUUUUUUAUUUUAAGGCAAAGCUAUUUUUUGCAGCCCGGCUGCUGUUCCCAGAGCCCAUGGGGAUGUGCCCCUGGAUUUCCCGGUGGUGUGCCUGCGGCUCCCCAGGAUGGCUGCCGAAGUAUCUGGUCCACUCCAUUUCACCACUCGAGUCCUCUUUCCUUAAGGAACUGGGGCUGAACCCCGGUGCCGGCUCAGCUGCGCUCCCCUCCCUGCUCAGCAUGGCCUCGGAGCUGGGCUGCAAGCCUGUGGCAGGUGGGGACAGUGGGGUCCCCUAUUCCCUUCCUGGGUACCCCACGUCCUUCCAGCUCCCCCCUCCCUGCUGCGCCUCCUAACACUCCACCACUCAUAUCCAUACCUGCCUGUCCCCUCCACUGGCUACAUGUUUUUGUUGUAAAUGCUGUAUAGGAAUUUUUUUCUCUUCCUUAGUUAGCUUUGGUUGGAUUUUUUGGGUUGGUUUUGGUUUUUUUUUUUUUUUUUUUUUUCUGAUUCAUUCUUUUGGGGGAAGUAUGAAGAUUAACUCUGGGUAGACUCAGUUGCUCUCCCCAUUGUGGCUGCAGUGGCCUGUACCCUUGGGGAGCAGUCGGUUGCAGGAACCCCACCUUGGGGCAAAGUUUUAAGCAUUUGCUCAGUGUGGCAGAUCUGUGGUGCAGAAGGAGUUAAUCUGAGGACUGAUUUGAAAUAACCUUUACUCGAGCAGGGCUAUGUAUCUCCUGCAAAGCUGCAUUACAUUCUGUACUGUGUACAAUAAAGGAUCUUGCUUUCUGUUCCUC